CUCUCUUUCUCUCUUUCUCUUUCUUUCUCUCUCCCUCUCUCGCACCUUCAUCUGAGCGCUCCUCUUCCUCUCCCCAUUCCAUCUAUUGUUUGGCCCACUUCCUCCUCUCCUGUCUCCUCUUGAGACUGUCCCUCACCAGCCUCUCCUACCAUUGCUCAGAUCUACAUCACAAUCCACACCUUGCCUCAUUCGUACCUGAACUGUGUGAUCCGGCACUACCGAACCUAAACACUAACCUCCAGGUCGUCCGACAUCAGUUUCCAACACCUUAUACUACACACCAGGCGCCAUACCGACAUCAGAACAACUCGCUUACUAUCUACACCAAAGACAUCAUGUCAUCCAGUGGCGGGAUCACCACGCCUUCAGCCGCCGCCUCGGCUUCCAUGUCCCACCUUCAAUCUUUCCAUCCGACACCUGCCCUGAAACGGGCCCUUCCACCAACCGUUGCUGAGGAACAGGACCCGCCAUACAUUGAUGUUUUGAUUGCUGGUGGGUUGGGCGGAACAAUUGCCGACUUCAUCAUGCACAGUGUGGACACGGUCAAGACUCGGUUGCAAGGGCAGCCCUCAGCCACCCCGCCAAAGUACAACAAUAUGUUUCAUGCCUACAGCACCAUCUUGCGGGAGGAGGGUGUUUCCAGAGGACUGUACAGUGGAGUGGCGCCGGCCAUGACUGGCUCUUUGCCAGGAACGACACUUUACUUUGGGACGUAUGAAUAUACCAAACGCACUUUGACCGCUGCAGGAUGCCCCGACACCAUAGCCCAUUUGGCAGGAGGAUCCAUUGGAGACUUCUUUGCGUCGUUCAUCUACGUACCUUCAGAAGUACUUAAAACAAGGAUGCAGCUUCAGGGACGAUACAACAACCCGUCCUUUAUCAGUGGAUAUAACUACAAGAACACCCUGCAUGCUCUCCAGAUGAUUGUCAAGUACGAUGGCGUCGGUGCUUUGUACCAGGGAUACCGUGCAACGCUCCUGAGAGACGUUCCGUUCUCUGCGCUCCAGUUUGCAUUCUAUGAAAAAUUCAAGGCCAAGGCACGGAAAUGGGAGGCGCGUGAGGACGGACAGAUGUCCCUCCAUGUCGAGACAGCGUGUGGUGCCGUUGCAGGAGGAUUGGCUGGAUUCUUAACGACGCCAUUGGAUGUCAUGAAAACGCUUUUGCAGACACAGGUCAAAGUGCCAACAACAACGACCUCAAUAGCAACACAUGCCACAGCCGGCGCCGCUACCCAAAAGUACUAUGUCGGCAUUUGGGAUGGACUCAAAUGGAACCUGAAGCACCACGGGGUGAUCAGAGGAUUGUUUAGGGGUGUUGGUCCAAGAGUUUUCUGGACGUCAUUGCAGAGUGCGCUCAUGUUCGUGAUUUAUGAACAGGCGCUUCGUCUUCAAGAAAAUUUGCGAUACUUUGAACAGUGGCCCUAUGGUUCGAGUUGAACGGGACUUCCUUUAAUCUUAUAGACAUUCUUAGAGAAAUAACCCUCCUCCCUGUAUAAAUAGUUUUCCUAUCAUCUCCGUUCUUCGUUCCUCGCUCUUCAUUUAUCUUUCCCGUAUUACUUCAACUGUCCUGAACCAUGCAAUUGAC